CAUUGCAAGAGUGCAAUGCAAGAGUGACUGCCUGAUCUUGUGCUUUAGUCUUUGAUCAUGGGGAGACAACUGCUGUUUUAUAUUCUUCUGGCAACAAUUCCUGUGGUUGGAUCAUUUGAUUUUCUAAUAAAUAAUAUCAGGAACAUCAAGAAGAGAAAUGUUGCAGAUACUAACACAGAUGGCAUCGAUAUCCAUAGUAUGAGCAUUGAUUCCCAUAUUACCUCUCGAUUUGCUCAUAAUGUCAUCACCAGUCGAGCCAUCAACCUUGGCAAUGCAUCUAAGGAAGCCUUCUUUGAUGUGGAGCUCCCAAAGACAGCAUUCAUCACAAACUUCACCAUGACAAUUGAUGGUGUGACAUAUCCAGGAACUAUAAAGGAAAAAGAAGCUGCUCAAAAACAGUAUCAACAAGCAGUUUCAAGAGGACAGACAGCUGGUCUAGUAAAGGCUUCCGGGAGGAAGACAGAAAAAUUCACUGUUUCAGUCAAUAUUGCAGCAUCCAGUGAAGUGGUUUUUGAGUUGGUCUUUGAGGAGCUGCUGAAACGAAGAUUUGGCUAUUAUGAGAUGUUCAUAAAAGUCAACCCAAAGCAGCUUGUCAAGAACUUUGAGAUUGAGGUCAACAUCUUUGAACCCCAGGGCAUCAGUUAUCUGGAAGCUGAAGGUUCAUUCAUCACCAAUGACUUGUUACCAGUCUUACAGAAGUCUUUUUCAGGAAAAAAGGGCAAAGUUUCUUUCAAGCCAACUCUGGAUCAACAACGGACCUGUGUAGACUGUCUCACAACACUACUGAAUGGAGAUUUUAUUGUGAAGUAUGAUGUCAACAGAGAAGCUACAGGUAACAUACAGAUUGUCAAUGGAUACUUUGUACACUUUUUUGCACCAAAAAAUAUUUUACGUUUGCCUAAGAAUGUUGUUUUUAUCAUUGAUGUCAGCAUCUCCAUGAGGGGACGUAAACUAGAACAGACAAGAGAAGCACUGCUAAAAAUAUUAGAAGAUAUAAAAGAAGACGACUACAUAAAUUUCGUACUGUUCGGGAGUAACGUACACAAAUGGAAAGACACCUUAAUCAAAGCCACUCCUGAGAACUUGGCAGAAGCAAGACGUUAUGUUCAGCAGAUUGAUAUAGCUGGAUGGACAAAUCUUAAUGGUGGCUUAAUGGCCGGUAUUGAACUGCUGAAUGAGGCUCACAAAAAUGGUUCUUUGCCUGAAAGAAGUGCUUCCUUAAUUAUUAUGUUAACAGACGGCAGACCCACUAAAGGAGAAUUAAACACAGACACAAUUUUAGAAAAUGUUAGAAAUGCUAUUCAAGGAAAGUAUCCUUUAUAUAAUCUUGGGUUUGGCUAUGAUCUGGACUAUGGAUCUUUAGAAAAGAUGGCAUCAGAGAACAAUGGGUUGGCUCGGCGUAUCUAUGAAGAUUCUGAUUCUGCUCUGCAGCUGCAGGGCUUUUAUGAUGAAGUGGCCAAUCCUUUACUUACUGAAGUGGAGUUACACUACCCUGAAAAUGCCAUCUCUGAUCUGACUCAAAAUCAUUUUAAACACUAUUAUGACGGUUCUGAAAUUGUUGUGGCUGGACGCAUCAUAGACGAUCUUCUCAACAGUAUAACUGCAGAUGUGAAAGCUCAUGGGGCCGAAGAUGACCUAACUUUCUCUGAAGAAUCAGAUAUUAGUCAAACAGCCAAAGAUUUUGAAGAUCAGGAGUACAUAUUUGGGGAUUACAUUGAGAGACUUUGGUCUUACUUAACCAUUCAACAGCUUUUGGAAAAACGGAAUUCAGCAAAGGGCGAUGAGAAGACUAAUCUUACUGCCAAAGUCCUGGAGAUGUCUCUGAAGUAUAAGUUUGUGACUCCUCUGACAUCCAUGGUGGUCACAAAGCCAGAAGACAAUAUUGAUAAUGCUGCAAUUGCUGACAAGCCGCUAGAAGCUGAGGCUACUCGACAAUCAUCUUAUCCAUCAUAUAGUUCAUCAGUACCUAGUCACAGGUACACAAGUGUUGAUGGAGAUCCACAUUUCAUCAUAGACAUCCCACAAAGCGAUGAUCAUCUUUGCUUUAACAUUUAUGAAGAUCCAGGGAAAAUUUUAAACUUAAUCAGGGAUCCUAGUACAGGCAUUACUGUCAAUGGACAGCUGAUUGGAAAUAAGCAGAGCAGGAAUGAUGUCCAGCCACAGAACAGUUAUAUCGGUAGACUUGGGAUUCUCAAUGAAGAAUUGAAUAUAAAGCUUGAAGUAACUCCUGAGAAAAUCAUUCUACACAAUGGCACAAAGCAGAUGACAUUCACAUGGUUGGAUGAAGUUACCUUACUACAUCCCAGUCUGACCUUGAAAAUUAUCCGAAAGAAGAGUCUGGAAGUAUCUAUGGGAGAAGGAGCAACAUUUGUAAUAAUUUUACAUCAAGUUUGGCGGAGAAAUCCAACACAUGGAGAUUUUCUAGGGUUCUAUGCACUGGAUAGCCACAGAUUCUCUGAACGUACCCAUGGUUUAUUAGGUCAGUUUUUUCACCCAAUUAAUUUUACCAUACUUGAGGUCCAUUCUGGAUCUACUCCAGAGAAACCAGAUGCUACCAUGAUAGUUAAAAAUCACCAGCUGACUGUCACCAGGGGAUGGCAAAAAGACUACACUGAAGAUUCAAAACAUGGCACAAAUGUUACUUGUUGGUUUAUUCACAACAAUGCAGAAGGUCUGAUUGAUGGCACAUACACCGACUACAUAGUCUCUAGUCUGUUUUAAUCAAACAGAUCUAAUUAUGGUUUACUGUUUAUUGAAACAAUAAAAUAUUAUUAUUCCAUGCAUGUGCCUAAUUUGCAAAACCAUAAUCAAUUAUAAUUUCUUCUCUAUAGUGAAAUACUCCUAUACCGUAUGCUUAACCAAAAAGAAUCACAAAUCACCAGUUAAUCUACAAAAUUAAUGAGCUAUUGCCUCUUCCAUUCCUUUCAUUUAUUACAGGGCAAGUCUCUUUUUAAUAUUAGCUCUGAUAAUUUCCUCUCUAUAGUUAAAUGAAACAAAAUAUAACAUUGUUAGAAAGAGGUAUUUUACCUUAUGUUAAAAACCUUAUAAAAACUGAUGUAACAGCUGGGAAAUUUUAUAUAAUUUUCAACUGAUAUUAAAAUUUGUGCUUCAAGAUUUUGAAGUAAGCAUA